AUGCCGCUGACUAUCCUGGGAAAAGACGAUACAACGUCUCUCAUCGAGAGCUUGACGCCGCUGGAGAUCCACGAGCUUCGCAUGGUCCUCAGCGCCGCCCUGCAUGAAUUCUCAGUCAACCCUCGAGCAGGUGGGCACGGCACAUACCAGCAACCCAGAACCACCACGAUACGCCAUGAGCAGUCCGAGUGGCCCAGUGCCUUGAAUACUGCCUGUGGCCCCGAGGGCACGGCGUGCAAAGGCGCACGGCUGACAUCCUCCUCAUCAGUCAGCACACACCAACACGGCAGUCUUUCGCUAUACAAUACCCAGGGCGAGUUGGAAGCCAUCCUAUCGACAUAUCCCCUCACACCCUUCAUCACAGCGCUCUCCUCCGUCUGCCUGCUCUCCAAGCGCAGUCGCCCCAUCCACACCCUCGUCGUCUUUGGCGCCGGCCAGCAAGCGUAUUACCACAUCCGACUCGCCCUCAAGGUCCACGGCCACGCCAUCAAAAAGGUCCACGUGGUGAACCACCGGUUCUCCGACACGGCGGCUAACUUUCUCCGGAACUUCUCGACCAUCCCCCGGACCAUCAAGCACGAGGAAGGGUGGGAGCAUGCCGAGUUUGGCAUGUUGACGCCCGCGUUCCAUGACUACCACCGCCUCCUCACCGAGCAAGUCCUCGAAGCCGACGUCAUCUACCUCUGCACCCCGUCCCAGGAACCCCUUUUCCCGGGCGACAUUCUCACGAGCCACGAGGGACGGAGAAAGGGGCGCUUCAUUAUCGCUGUCGGCAGCACGAACCCGCACCAGAGGGAAAUUCCGGCCGAGCUCGUCGCUCAGGCCGUCAAAGUCCACGAAAAGCCACAUCGGCAUUUCCACAAGCACGCGGACGAAGGUGGCGUGGUGAUUGUCGACUCGUUGGAGGGUGGUAUCAAGCAUGCAGGGGAGAUUGUCCAUGGCGGUGUCAAGCCAAGCCAGCUAGUCGAACUCGGUGAGCUUGUAAUGCUCCAGCGCAUGGCAGAGUCGGAUGCCGAAUCGACGCGUAGUCAAAGCACGGACGAGACCUCGCUCGCGUCGGCCAACAGCCAGGCCACAUCGUCCUCAUCCAAGACAAACCUGUUCAGUCUGCCGCACCGCAAAAAGUCAAAUCACGACGAACGAGAGAGCGCGCUGGCGAGAUGGCUCGGUACAGGCACAGUGGUAUACAAAAGUGUCGGCCUGCCCAUGAUGGAUCUAGUCGUGGCCAACCUCCUUGUCAAACUGGCCGACGGGAAAGCUGUCGGCACAAAAGCUGCCUUUUGAGAUUAUUUGAUUUAGUUAUACUUACAGACGUAAGUGGCUUCUAGUCAGCAGCGUCUGACUCCUGAGAGAUCAAUAUGCUCCGUGUAAGCCCUCAUGCGUCUCUACCCCGCUCGCUGUUCAUCAACAGUACCUUACCAUUGCUGUGCGCUUGUCGAAGGCAACGGAAACUACAGACCGCUUCCCAAGUACGAUAUAUGAUGCAGGACCUGGACGCUCCAAUAUACCCCUACGUUACCCUGCAACCUGGGUUCUUUCGACUCUUCAAGCUGGUAGGCAGCCACUCAAGAGCGGCUUCAUCCUAUGAUGGCUCUCCUCUAGGUCAAGCCGCAGGUGCAGCUAGCAA